GUGGAACCACAAUAUGGCACGAAAAUUUUGAUCUCAUCCUGGACCGCGCCGUACAGGGUUGAAGUGGGUUAGUAGGCUCUCAAGUGAAUGCACGCUACGGGGAGGAAGAGUAGGAAAAGACCCAAAUUUGAGACUGGAGGAUGGGCAAGAGCCGUCAGACCCGUGGAGUGAAUACUAGAGACCUGGCAUAAGCGGAACAGCAGUAGUACUACAUGCUCAGGUGUACAUAAAACCAACAUCUUCAUAUGUAGAUGACGAUCCUGCCACGAAGCUUCUCCUCUUUUCCUCAAGGCAACUGUUCCAGCGUCGAAAAUGGCACGCGUCAAGACAUCAGCGCGUCUUCUUGGACUCGCUUUCUUUGCCCUGCAGGGCGCUCUGGCGGCUAAAGCCCCGGACAUCACCCACCAGUCCCCAGAGCACGCACCGCCCAUUCCCUAUCUCAACCUCAUGGCCUUGUUCACAAUGCCCCAGAAUGUCAGCCACGAUUCAUCCGAAGAGUCAGAUCUCCUGCCCAACCUCUUUGACAAGAGACAACGCGAAGAGGAUGGGAACGGAGGCCUCUUGUGCAAGAAGGGUCCCUGUCCCGACGGAAGUUGCUGCGGCCCUGCGGGGGUCUGUGGUUACGGUGAGGAUUUCUGUGGCGUCGGCUGCAGCAGCAACUGUGAUGCCGUGGCCAUGUGCGGCGAAUUCUCCGACGGAGGAAACACAAAGUGCGGCAUGAACCUGUGCUGUAGUUGGGGUGGAUGGUGUGGAACAUCCGAAGUUCAUUGCAUCGGGCCAAACAAGUUCACACCGUGCCAGGAAGGGUUCGGCUCGUGCGAGAUCAUCCGGCCAAAGACAUGCGGCGAGGGCUCUGGAACGACAAAGGGCCGGACCGUUGGGUAUUACCUGGCGUCCAACAGCAGAGACCGUCUCUGCAACCGCAUCUUUCCCAAGGAUAUCAAGGCCGCGGAUUACACCCAUCUCUUCUUCUCCUUUGCAUCCAUCGACCACAAGACGUUUAAGAUCCGGCCCUGGGAUGACGCCGACAUUCCGCUGAUGAGGGAGUUCACGGCUCUCGAGACGAAUACCUGGAUCGCCGUCGGCGGCUACACAUUUAGCAACGUGGGCGACACGCACACGACUUGGAGUGACGUGUGUUCCACCCCUCAGAACAGGGCCGCCUUCAUCCAGUCGUCGGCUGAGUUCAUGGCCAAGUACGGCUUCACAGGAAUCGACCUAGACUGGGAGUACCCUGUGGAGCCUAAGCGGGGAGGCUCCAAGGGAGACACUGAAAACUUCGUCAAGCUCGUCAAGGAGAUGAGAGCGGCCUACGGAACCAAGUACGGUAUCAGUUUGACUCUUGCGCCCGACUAUUGGUAUCUUCGGUACUUUGACGCAGAGGCCAUGCAGCCCUAUGUCGACUUUUUCGGCUUCAUGGCGUACGAUUUGCAUGGGUCCUGGGACUCUGACGUGCAAACUUUGGGAUCUCUGAACACCUUGCCCCUCUGGUAUGCAAACCUGGAUCCGGCCAAGAUCAACUUUGGCCUUGCGUGGUACGGAAGAGGAUACACGCUGUCCGACGCCAGCUGCAACACGCUCGGAUGCCCGUUUGCGGGCCCCAGCAAGGCGGCCGAGUGCACCCACCAGAACGGCGUCAUGUCGCUUCUGGAGAUCAAGAAGCUCAUCAAGGAGAAGAACCUGAUGCCGCGCCUCAACAGCGAGUCGAUGAUGAAAGAGCUCAUCUGGGACGACCAGUGGAUCGGCUACGACGACGAGGAGACGCACGAGAUGAAGCGCAAGUUCGCCAACAACCUCUGCUUCGGCGGCACCAUGGCGUGGUCCGUCGACUUCAACUCGGGCACUGGCGACGGCGACAGCGCGCCCGUCUCCACCGACGGACGAUGUGGUCCCGCUGGCGGCGGCUUCAGGUGCGAGGGCAGCACGUUUGGCGACUGCUGUUCGUCGUUUGGAUAUUGCGGAAGCAGCGAGACGCACUGCGGCUCUGGCUGCGUGAGCGGGAAGUGUUUGGAGGGACAGGAGACGACGGACGGAACCUGCGGCGCGUCGGCGCACGGGGCCUUCUGUGGUCUGUGGCCCCAGGGGAGCUGCUGCUCGUCCUCUGGAUACUGCGGUGACAGCGAGGGUCACUGCGGUGCGGGCUGCCAGAGCGGCGCCUGUCUCGAUGAGCCGGCCAGUGGCAAGGGCUCGGGGCCCAUCUACAUUGCGCCUGAGGUCUACAAGAGCCCGGACCCGGUCGCGCAGUGCUUCCCGCCGUGCACGCUAAUCAUGCCGCCGUGGUCCCUCGCCAAGCCGACGACCAUCUCCCGCCCCGCCACCACCGUCUCGUAUCUCGACACAUGGGACACGACCGUCGUGACGACCAGCACCGUCAUCACGCUGCAACCCGUCACCACGACCCUGAUCGAAGUAUGGAACGUGAUAUGGAUCGACGGCGACAACGAGAACGCCGAGACUCGCACUACCGUCGGCCUCACGUCGAGCGUCGACUUCCCGCCAGUCACGCUCACCAGGACCAGGACAGGACAGCCUCCCGUCACCUGGACAUACUCGCCCGGGCCUUGGCCUACCAUUGACUCGACCGACGACAACCCUUUCCCUCCGCCUCCCCCCCCUCCUGCGGGCCACCCACCAUCUAUUACUGCCGUGAGGGGCCCGCCAAAGCCGACCUGCAAGCCUGGGCAAAAGUGCGGAAGCCUUUGCAAGCACAAUUGCAGCGGUGGAGAUGACGAUGACAACAGUGGCGGCGGCGGCGGUGGUGGUGGAGGCCGCGGGCGUCCUUGCAUUGGCAUCUGCGGCUGCAUUGGCCCCAUCUGCAACACUCCCAAUCGCAACUGCGUUGGCCCGGUCUGUCCACCCGGCAGUGGUGGUGGAGGAGGUGGCAGCGGCGGCGGUGGUGAUCCCAACAACCCGGAGGAAGAAGACGACGAGGAUGACGAGUGCACCACGAGAACCGUGACCGACCGCUGGGUUUCUUGUGACGCUCAGCGGACAAAGGAGUGCACGACUUACUCUACCUCGCUUGUCAGCGAAUGCUCAGCAACAGGCAAAGCAACGACUACCAUAGGCGGAAGCUGCCCAAUACCUACCUAUGACUACGACCUGCAGGAUACACAUGAACAGAUCCCAGUCGGCUUCAGCCACACACAGGGAACAACCGUCUACAAUGGAAGGACCCGGACGACUUAUGGGUGGACCUUCAACCCACCAGGCGGCACUAAACCAACCCGCGGGGGCAACGGCAAUGGAGGUCAGGGCACGCGUACCUCUGCCCAAUCCAGCAGAGGCAUCACUCCACGACCCACCAUUACCUCGACACCAUUUCAUCUCCCAGGGGCGCCCACCCUCGCGACAGUCGAACCGCCUUAUAGCGGCAGCGAGUGCAGCUCGUAUCUGCACACGACUAGGUGCAAUGCCGCUGGCGGCCUGCAGGCUUGCCUGACACAGGAUCUGUGCGUCCCGACCAGGCCCUGCUACUAUACAUACGCUGCAUCGGGCACCCCUUCGUGUUCGGGCGAGUACUCCAUCUGUCUGAGCACCACUAUCUUCACCAGAUGCGGCUUGAUAGGUGCCGUCGCUGCGCGGGCCGACGCGACUCCGGCUCCCUCCCUUAACUCUAAUGUCAUUGGCGAUGCAACCGUCACAGCAGCACCAUCGGUUCCGACAUCUGAUCCCAGUCUUAAGCUCGAAGAAGACCAUGAUCGUCAUCAUGCUCAUCAGUCGGCCGAACCAGCCUCUCCUGGCCAUGGCCACGACGAGUCGGCUGAUAACGAACUGGUGGGUUCUGUCUCGAACGCCCCUCACAACCAGAGCAGCGCCGCGACGAACGAGUCGAGCCUCAUUUCCGCUCGACAAAACGCCGUCGGCUGUGGCGGCAGCAGCAAUGGUGGAUGCGACUACCUCCGCUUCUGCGCGUCGGGCAUGUGCGCCAAGGCAGAGAAGGUUCCUUGCCUUCAAGCGCGAAUUAAGGCUCAUAUGGGCAUCACUUCCGGUAUCGACCUUGAAGCCACAGUCACGGAAGACGGUGUCCUGAAGUGCAAAGCCACGCGGCAUUGCCCACUACUAUGGGACGACGACUGCGGCGGCGUCGACACGUUCGACUGCGGCGACGGCAGCACCAUGGGUUUCAAGUACAACUACGUCUCGUACUACAGUAAGAAGUACGACCGCAAGUAUCCCAUGUACCUCGAACUCUCCGUGGAUGCGAGGCUGGUUUUUUGCACUCAAGACCUUCUCUUUAGGAAGAUCCCGUAUGUGUGUUGGGAGGAUGAGUAUGAGUGGAAAGAUGGGCCUUGUAAGGGUCUUGGUCUCUGAACCAAGAAUUGAGUGCACGCCACUAUUGUUUAGCUAUGUUAUAAAUAUAAUAUCAUCUCUGUCUGGCAUACCCGAAAAUGUCACACCUGGUGC